AUGGUUACGUCUUCUGCAACAGGCAACAAGGGUCUUCGUGUCACACCGCUUCCUCGACUUGCACUGUCUCGUCUGGCGCUCAUUACUGAACACACACACACACACACACACACACAAACAGCAACAUUUUUCAAGCUGCAUCACCGCAUCUCUCGGACCACAUCUCACAAUAAGACGAACAUGGUUUCCACCAAAUACUCUCUGCUUGCCGCCAUUUUUGGCUCAUCUGUCCUUGCGGCGGACUGCUAUCCCAGCAACAAGCCCGAUGGGCUUACGCUCGCUCAAUAUAGACAGGUUGCGAACCAGGUCUGCAACAGCGGACCAAGCGCCAGCGUUGUCUUUGACUACGGCUCAUGGCCCAGUUACACCAAGAAAGUCAUUGAAGCAAACUAUAGCGGUAAUGCUAAGCUUCACUGCAAGGAAGCAUUCGACAACAUUAUUUCGCAAUGUGUGAGUGGAAACAACAAGAACGGUGGAUCUUGGACAUGGAACUAUAACGGCGUGAACGAGAAGUACUACAUUCAAGGGUACCAAAGUUCUUGA